AUGGUACUUUCCAUUUCACGCGACCCGUUCGUUUCUAUGGCUGACUGCCCACAGGCGAGUGAACCCAAGGAAGGACUGAAGAGCUAUCCAGCAUGCCAUUCGCAGGCAUGUGCUAUUCAAGACUGCAUACAGAAGAACGACUACAAGGAGGAAAAGUGCCAAAAACAGGUUGAUGCGCUGUACGCUUGUUGCAACCUAUUCUACAAGGAGAAUGGCGAUGGUGCUUCGACCGUAAGCUGUCCCAAAGCGAAUUUGCUGAGGCUCAAGAUGAAGCAGCGCUCCAACGGCAUCAAGUAG